AUGGUAGAGAAUAGUAAUAAAAGAAAGUCAGAUGAUGACUUUGUUAUGACUAUUGACGAUGAUGAGAAUGAAGAGAUCUAUGAAGACGAUUCAGAUGAUGAACAAAUCAGAGAGGAUGACGAUGUCUUUAUUAGAAAAGAUAGUGAUAAUGAAGAUGACGACGAUAAAGAAGAAGCAUUUAAUUUUGAUGAUAAUGAAGAAGUUCAAUUAGCUUGGAAUUUUGCACCAACUCUAGAAAAGAUGAAAAAACAAACAUUUGAAAAUGGAACUCCUCAAACAUCAUUACAAGAUAAAAUUCAAAAGAGAUUGAAUGCAAAGAAAUUCAAUCAAGAUGAAAAAUCAAAAGAGAAAAAAGAUACAGAAGAAAAUGAUGAAACUGAAAAUACACCUGAAAACGAUAAUCAAGAGGAAGAUGAUGACAAUGAAGAAGAGGAAGAAGAUCAAAUCGAUCAAGUACAGGAUGGAAAGAAAAAUAAAUCAGAUAGUUUAAAGACGAUUGAAUCGAAUAGAAGAAGAAAGCAAGAGGUCGAAGAGGAGUUACCAACAUUCCAAGAAUUACAUCUCUCAAGACCACUCCAAAAAGCAGUACAAAAGUUGGGAUUCACAAUGCCAACACCAAUCCAAGCGAAAACCAUCCCACCUAGCACUCAAUGUGCCACUACAGGUUCCGGUAAGACCGCUGCUUUCUUGCUGCCGAUCCUCGAGAGAUUGCUCUAUCGUGAUGUCGAUAAUCGUGCGAUUCGUGUGCUCGUUCUCCUACCAACCAGAGAGUUGGCACUCCAAUGUCAAUCGGUUCUCGAGAACUUGGCACAAUUCACAAACAUUACAUCUUGCUUGGUUGUUGGUGGUCUCUCCAACAAAGUUCAGGAGGUGGAGCUACGUAAACGACCGGACGUCGUCAUUGCCACACCGGGUCGUUUGAUUGACCAUCUUUUGAAUGCACACGAUGUCGGUCUCGAUGAUUUGGAAAUUUUGGUACUGGACGAAGCCGAUCGUCUUUUGGAUAUGGGUUUCAAAGAUGAACUCGAAAAGAUUGUGGAAUCGUGUCCGGCCAACCGUCAAUCACUGUUAUUCUCUGCGACACUCAGCGAUGAAGUAAAAACACUUGCCAAACUCUCAUUGAAACAACCGAUUCGUGUCGCAGUUGAUGCACUCUAUCAGGUAGCUUCGACACUCGAGCAGGAAUUCGUAAAGAUUCGUCCAACUCAGUUGGGAGAUCGUCCAGCUCUGCUACUUUCAUUGGCUUCCAGAGUGUUCAAUACCGGUGGAACUAUCAUUUUCUUCAAGUCCAAGAAGGAGGUGCAUCGUCUCUGUAUCAUCUUUGGUUUGGCGGGGUUGUCAGCUGCAGAGUUGCACGGUGAUCUCUCACAGGAACAACGUUUCGAAUCACUCCAGCUGUUCCGUGACGGCAAGGUGCAAUUCUUGUUGGCAUCGGAUGUAGCUGCGCGUGGUCUCGACGUUCUCGGUGUCAAGACAGUCAUCAACUACAACAUUCCUCGUAAUUUGGCACAGUAUAUUCAUCGUGUCGGUAGAACUGCUAGAGCUGGAGCACAGGGUCGUGCUUGUUCUUUCGUUACCGAGGGUGACAGAAAGAUCCUGAAAGAUAUUGUCUCGCGUGCCAAGACCAAGGCAAAGUCGAGAACCGUCUCACAGGAGAGUGUAAAGUACUGGCGUAACAAGAUCGAUGAGAUGGCCGACGACAUCAAGUCGAUCAUCAAAGAGGAACUCAAGGAGAUGGACAUUAGAAAAGCAGAGAAAGAGAUUAGAAAGGUCGAGAAACUCAUUUCCACGUCGUCGAGCAAGUCGUCGUCGAUGGAGAAGGAGUGGUUCGCCACCAACUCUGAGAAGGCAAAAGCCAAGGAGGCAUGGAAGAUUCAAGAGGGAAUUAUCGAUCCUGAGGAACUCAAACGUCAGAAACAAGAGGAACUCGAUAAGAAGGCCGGAAAGAAGGCAGAUCGUGAUCCCUAUCUCGGUUUGUCACGUCGUAAGCGUAGAAGCAAGAUGCAUCGUGAGGAGAUUGCCAGAGAGAUGGCUGAAGCCGAGCAAUCCGAUGAUGAGCGCGACGAGGUCAUGUCAAAGAUUGGUGGUAAGCGUUUGGAGGCGAAACGUGCCAAACCAGUCGAUAUGAGAGCGGUAGAGAAGAAGGUCAAGAGCAUACAGAACAGUCAGAAGGCAUCCGGUAAGGAGACAAAGAGAAUCGAAGCACUGAGAAGAGUCGGUAUCUACACAGGACCAACACCACAAGAACAACUUAAACUAGACAAGAAACAAAACAAAAAGAAUGGCGGCAAACCAAAGAAGGCUGUCACCAGAAACGAUUUUGAACAGGAUUUGGAUGAUAUCCAUAGCGGUAGUUCAAGCUUUAAGAAAGGAAAAGUACAACAACAAAAGAAGAAACGGAAAGUAAACUAA